CUGAGCGAUACUCUCGUCCCGUUGAAGCUGCUUUGUUGACAUUCAGCCUUGGCCAGCUUUGUGACCCCUGCGCCUAGCUUAGCUUAAGCGGCAACGCGUAUUAUUCACUGCCUUGCUAUCCUCGUCCGUCAUAAAAACCACCAGAUUCUCUUCCCACCUCCACGCUUUUCACGAUCUUCUCAAUUGAUAUAUUCUGGAUCAAUCCAUUUCAAACCAACAAUUUCUCAUACACCAUAAUCUGCCCACCAUGGCAAGCCCUUACGAAAUCGAGCACAACAUCAAAACCGACGCACCCAAAGCGCGGACUCGCCGCCCCUCCAUGUCCUCCUUCUUCAACCAGCUAUCCCAAAUCGAAACCUCCACCCUCCCAACCCCGCACAAUAACGCCCACUCCGUUCCCACACCCGUCGACGUCGCUGCAACGGAACGCCUCCUCCAAGAGCAAUUCCGCGCCCUGCUCAACACCUCCUCCGAUGAACGCAACCAGGACUAUCUGACCUCGCUAAUCACCUACCUGGACGAACAAAUCGAGUCUCCACCUACGAAAGUAGAGGGUGUGCCGCAGAGUUACUUGGAUGCGCUGGAGCGGGUGGAUAAGAAGACGUUGAAGAGGAGCGACGUGUGUCCGAUUUGCAAUGAGGUGUUCCUGGAUGACGAGUACCCGCUGGUGGUAAGGCUGCCGUGUCAUAAGACGCAUGUGUUUGAUUUGGAGUGUGUGGGUCCGUGGUUGAGGUUGCAGGGGACGUGUCCGCUGGAUAGGAAGAAGAUGUUGGAGAAGAAGGAGGUGGUGAAGGUCGUGGAUGACGAAGAGGAGGAGUAUGAUGAUAUGUUUGCUUGA